GCAGCAUUUCUGAACUGGUGCAGUGCCGGUACAUCUCCACUAAUGGUGUGCAGAACAAGGGGGACUUAAAGAGAGAAAUUUCUCCAAUCAACAAAACAUCAACAUCAUUUGAAAACCAAACAAAAAGCAAAAAAAAAAAAAAAAAAAAUCCUGCAUCAUGAGCUUUGACCCAUUCAUUACCUCUAUCUCACGGCGAUGGGAAGAUUCCCCCUCCCGCAGAACCACUUACCGGCUCUCCCGGGGGCCCCUGUCCUCCUCCAGGUGGCCGACACGUUUGGAGCCGCUGCAGCGAUGGGAGCAGAGCGACCUGAGUCAGACGAGCAUCGUGAACGCUGAGCUGCUGGGGCUGCGGGCCCAAGAGCGAGAGCAGAUGGUGGGUCUGAACAACCGCUUUGCAUCCUACAUUGAGAAGGUGCGACACCUUGAGCAACAAAACCGGGUGCUGCUCCUUCAGCUGGAGGGCCUGCGGCGCAGGCAGAGUCAGCCGCCCCGUGUGCAGAAGCUCUACCUUCAGGAGGUACGGGGCCUCAGGGAGCAGCUGCACCAAGAGGCCCAGAAUAAAGCAUGCAUGGAGGUGCAGAGGGAGAAAUUGCGGGAGGCGUAUGCACAGCUGCACGAGCGCUGGGAGGAAGAAGCGCGGCGGCGUAGGCAGGCAGAGGCAGAGGUGCAGAGGUUGCGGGAGGAGGCAGGUCAGAUCGCUCUGUGCAGCUGUGAUGCCGAGGCCAGUGUGGUCUCCCUGGCGCAGGAGUUGGCCUUCUUAAAGCAAGUGUUUGCAGAGGAGCAGGAGGGGUUGAGGGUCCAGCUACAGGUUGCCAGCCUCAGCGUGGAGCUGGACACAAGUAGACCGGACCUGUCGGCCGCUCUAAGAGAGAUCCGAGCACAGUAUGAGAGCCUGGCUGGACGCAACAUGCAGACCGCUGAAGCCUGGUUCCGGGGGAAGGUGGCGAGUGUAGUGGAGCUGACAGAUAAACAGGAGGAGGCUGUGCGCUUGGUACGUGAGGAGACAGCUGAGUAUCGACGACUGCUGCAGUCCCGUUCAACUGAGGUUGAGGCACUGAGGAACGUCAUAAAUUCUCUGAAUGCACAACUAGGGGAGCUAGAGGAGACACAGAACACAGAGGUCAACAAGUACCAGGAGAAGAUAAGUGACCUAGAGAGGGACAUUGCGGAUGCGAAAGAGGAAAUGUCACGCUAUUUGCGGGAGUAUCAAGAUCUGCUUAACGUGAAAAUGGCUUUGGAUGUUGAGAUUGCAGCUUACAGGAAACUCCUGGAGGGAGAAGAAAUUCGAUUUACGUAUUCCACAUUACCAGCCCUAGCUUAAAUCCCUAAAGCUCAAAACCCUAGGAACUCAAAUUCAACAUAUUCAUAUUUUGAAUAGCUACGGUUGAGUCAGACCCACAUUUACAUCCUGAAUUACUAACAAAAACAUCACCUUCCCAAACACUGAGAUGCACAUAAAUCACCCCCCCCCCCCCCAAAAAAAACCCUACUAACCAGCAUUUCAGACCCUCGUUGCCAAAUCCAUAACCUUUACAUUUACUUCUGAUCCUAGUUCUUCAGCUAAUUUCACCCUAAUUCCAACAUCUUACCAUGAAAUUUAACUGCAGCAUAUCAUUGCUUUAAAGUCAGACGAGCCCUUGUGUCACACAAGAGGUACACAUAAUGAGAUCCCCCUUCUUCUUUACACUUGAAAAUGGACAAGUGACCGCCUUGGAGACGCCGCUAAGGGCAGCACUCACUCAGCCAGGGCUCAGUGUCAUGUUGGCGGAUUCUAAUGGAGGACCUUGGAUGGUUUAACUUAAAGAAUACUAUAUUGUUCUGUAAAUAAUAGUUUUCACUAAAUUGUCAUUUUUUGUUUCAUUCCCAGCACCCAUUGAAAAUCAGAUUAGCCAGUGAUCCCUUAUAUGCAAACUUUUAACCAAUUGUUUGUUGAGGUGAAUCAUUGCUCAGUCUCAACUCACUUCGGGUGCUAGAAAUGGACUAAAGCCAAUUUGUUAAUUAGACAAUGGACCAAGAAUCAGUCAACAGGACACUGUCUACCGUCCCUGGCUCUUUAGAUUACAGGUAGUUAGUGUAACAGUUAAGUUUUAGCUAUGUUAGUUAAGUUAGAAUGUGUUCAUUUUAGUAAUUGUUUUAGUAAUAUUUAAUUUGCUAUAUGUCUGUGUUGGGCUUCUCAUAUGUUUGUUUGGUUGAGAAUAUUAGAUUUUUUUGCUUUAGCAUUUACAGUGUUUAACCUGAUAAAAGCAUGACUGAAAAUCAGGAGUAGAAAUAAAAGCUCUAGAACUGGAGUUUUAAGUCUUAUGGUUAAAAUACAACUAUCAUGCUUUAUCUGCUUCUAUUGUGUCAUCUAAGUUGCAAUGUAUGUCAAUUAUCAGUAAUUUGGAAAUGAACAAGAAACCGAGUCUGUUUUAUCAUGACAGUCUCUGAACUGAAUGGUGCUGUAUGUUUGCACCUAAAUUACAUGCUGAAUAAAGCAACAGUACCUCUUCUGGA